CCCUUCUCCACUUCCUUUUUUUCGUUCUUUCUUCCAGCGCAGCUCUCUGAUAUGCCGCAGCUCUCUAGCCGCAGUUCUCUCAUCUGCCAUCUUCUUCGACUCCAUUGCUUUUGCGUGAAUUUAUCUGCGAUCCAGCUGCAGCCACUAACGACUCCAUUCUCUCUGGCCUGAAUCUUCUCUCCUACGACGGAUUUCAGGUCACAGCGUGAUACACAUUCAUAUUUAUCCAGCUCAAAUUGGGCAACAUGCAUCACGAAACCGAGGGUGCUUCUGAGGCUGUUGAGGCCAUUAAAUUCAGUUUCAUGACGAACGAAGAGGUACGCCGCCAAAGCCUAGUCAAGGUGACAAAUCCAGUACUUGUUGAUUUGCUGGGGCAUCCUACUCCAGGUGGGUUAUAUGAUCCAGCCAUGGGCCCCAAUGAUGACCGUUCAUUGUGUAAAUCAUGUGGUCAGAGCUCAUUUAACUGUCCAGGCCAUUGUGGCCAUAUUGAUCUUGUAUCUCCCGUCUACAACCCAUUGACAUUUGGUAUUCUGAGCCUUCUUCUGCAUAAAACAUGCAUGUAUUGCUUUCAUUUUCGGGCAAGCAGGGAAGAGGUUGAGACCUGUGCAUCCCAACUGAGACUAAUAGCAAAAGGUGAUAUUUUAGGGGCUAGGAGGUUAAGUGAAGCAGGUCGAGAAGCCAUACAGUCGGGUGAAUCUUCUUCAGAUGAGUGUGUUGACCAAGAUGCCGUGGACUGCAUGGGAAGCCAUAUGUCAGGCCUUACCGAUGAAUUUAAUUUUCAAGAUCACCCUGACAGUAUCAAACAUCAGCCAUAUUGGGACAAUUUUCUAUUUACUGAAUUUAUGGAAGUUUGGUAUAAGUUUCUGAAAUCAAAGCCUAAGGCAUCUGAGUGCAACAUUUGCAAUGCCAAAAAUCCAAAGAUCAGUAAACCAACUUUUGGAUGGUUUCAUAUGUCUGGCAUGAAAAAUAAAGCACUCCGUGACAAUAUUAUUGGAGGUCACAAGUUGGAGGGAUGGAUGUCAUUUCAAGCCAAUGAAAACUCUACCUCUGAGGUAGUGGAUGACUUUGAGACAGCUGAAACCAAUUCAUUCAUGACAACUUCAGAUGGAAUAGAUAAGCCAACUACCGAAGGUAACAAUAAAGAGAGUGUGUCUCAUCAGUUCGAAGAGCAGAAACGUAUUAUUGCAGAACCCCUCCUUCCCUCUCAGAUCAGAGAUGUUAUGAAGCUUUUGUGGGAAAAUGAAGCUUCUAUCUGCUCUUUCAUCUGUGAUAUUCAGUGCCAGAAUCUUAAAAAACCUAGCAUGGAAGCAUGGCUUUCUAUAUUCUUCUUGGAGGUCAUUCUUGUCCCACCCAUCAAAUUCCGUCCAGCUGCGAAGGGUGGAGACUCUGUAAUGGAUCAUCCACAUACUGUUUUAUUAAACAAGGUUCUGCAGUCCAAUAUAGGUUUGAGAAAUACUCAUGUUAACACUGCUGAACGCCCUAAGAUAAUCAGCCGAUUGAUGGAGCUCCAACAAUCCAUAAAUGUGUUAUUUGAUAGCAAAACUGCAACAGGUAAAAAAGAUGUCAGUCCUGGAAUAUGCCAAUUGCUGGAAAAGAAAGAAGGCAUCUUCCGCCAGAAAAUGAUGGGGAAGAGGGUCAAUUAUGCGUGCCGAUCUGUUAUAUCACCAGACCCUUAUUUGGCUGUCAAUGAAAUUGGUGUCCCUCCUUAUUUUGCCGUGCGGCUGACUUAUCCAGAGAGAGUGACCCCUUGGAAUGCUGCAAGACUCAGGGAUGCUAUUACCAAUGGACCUGAUAUCUAUCCGGGAGCUGUGUCGUAUUCCGACAGAGUUUCCAAAUAUAAGCUCCCACCUAGUAGAAGGAUGCGACUAGCAAUAUCUCGGAAACUGCCUUCAUCCAGGGGUGUAUUAAUACAAUCUGGAAAGAACAGUGACUAUGAAUUUGAGGGAAAAGUUGUGUACCGUCACUUGCAGGAUGGAGAUAUUGUGCUUGUCAAUAGACAGCCAACACUUCACAAGCCCAGUAUAAUGGCACAUGUAGUUCGUGUUCUGAAAGGGGAGAAAACUCUUCGCAUGCAUUAUGCUAAUUGCAGUUCCUACAAUGCUGAUUUUGAUGGUGAUGAAAUGAACGUCCAUUUUCCUCAAGAUGAAGUUUCUCGUGCUGAAGCUUAUAACAUCGUAAAUGCUAAUGAACAAUACAUUGUUCCCACAAAGGGAGAUACUGUUAGAGGCCUGAUUCAGGAUCAUGUUGUAAGUGCCGUCAUUCUUACAAUGAAGAAUACAUUUCUAACUCUUGAUGAGUUCAACCAACUUCUCUAUGCUUCUGGUGUGUCCAUGGUGGGGCACCGUUCAUUUUCUGGAGAUGAUUCCCUCAGAGUUUCUACAGUAGAUUCUGAGAGUUCUCUUCACCCUAUCUUGCCUGCUGUCUGGAAACCAAAGCCUCUUUGGACUGGGAAGCAGGUCAUCACUGCAGUUUUAAACCAUUUGACAAGAGGUUUCGCACCUUGUAGUAUCAGAAGCAAGGGAAAAAUUCCAGAGAAAUACUUCUCAAAAGAUAGAGAUAGUACAGCUGAUAGUAAGUUAGUAAUUUGGAAAAAUGAGCUUGUACGUGGUGUCAUUGACAAGGCACAAUUUGGGAAAUAUGGGUUGGUCCACACUUUUCAGGAGUUGUACGGAUCAAAUGUUGCCGGAAAUUUGCUGUCUACCCUAAGUCGCUUAUUUACCAUAUUCUUGCAGACUCAUGGCUUCACAUGCGGAGUUGAUGACCUUAUAAUUUUGCCUGACUAUGACUCUCAAAGGAAGGAGCAACUUGAAAGUGAAGAUGUUGGUGAAGAAGUUCAUGCUAAUUUUGUUAAAUUUAAACCUGGAGAGAUAGGUCCUGCAGAACUCCAGCUAGAGAUUGAAAAGGCAAUUAGCAUUGAUAAAGAAAAUGCUAUAGCCUCCUUGGACAUGAGGAUGAAAAAUCAAUUGAAUAAAAAAGCUAAAAACAUGGAUAAAGAUUUGCUUCUCAAAGGAUUACUGAGACCUUUUCCCAAGAAUUGUAUCUCUUUAAUGACUGUCACUGGGGCUAAGGGAAGUACGGUUAAUUUUCAACAAAUAUCAUCAUAUCUGGGCCAGCAAGAGUUGGAAGGAAAACGAGUGCCUAGGAUGGUUUCUGGGAAAACCUUGCCAUGCUUUUCCCCUUGGGAUUUCACUUCCAGGGCAGGAGGCUUUAUCACUGAUCGAUUUCUUACUGGUCUCCGUCCCCAGGAAUAUUACUUCCACUGUAUGGCUGGCCGUGAAGGACUAGUAGAUACUGCUGUUAAGACUUCCCGCAGUGGAUAUCUACAGAGAUGCUUGGUAAAAAAUCUGGAAAGCCUUAAAGUUUGUUAUGAUUAUACUGUUCGCGAUGCAGAUGGAUCCGUCAUCCAAUUUUACUAUGGCGAAGAUGCUGUUGAUGUGCAUCGAACUAGCUUUUUGAAAAACUUCAAGGCACUUCAAAAAAAUGAAGAAACCAUCCGUCAAAAGUUUCGUCAUGCACGUGAGUUUGAUUCUUAUAUAAAUAAAUUGCCUGAUGGACUUGAAGAGGAAGUGAAGAAGUUCUUGAUGGCAAGGAAGGUAAAGGUAGAUGGAAAAAUGAAUAAGUCCUUGGCAAAGCGGUUUGCCAAGGAAAAUCUGGAGAAGCAGUCUGAGGGAAAAAAUAAGUUAGCAGCUUUUUUAAAAUUAGUGGAACAAAAGUAUUUGUAUAGUCUGGUGCAAUCGGGGGAACCAGUGGGUGUCAUAGCUGCUCAGUCCAUAGGUGAACCAUCGACUCAGAUGACACUUAACACAUUCCAUCUUGCUGGCCGUGGAGAACUGAACGUGACACUAGGUAUCCCACGUCUUCAGGAAGUUUUGACGACAGCUUCAGAAGUGAUUAAGACACCUUUUUUGUCAUGUCCUUUCCUUGGGUGGACAACAAGGGAUGAGGCUCGGGCUCUUCUGGCUAAAGUGAUGAAGAUCACUGUUGCAGACGUGAUUGAGAGCAUGGAAGUCCGUAUUACACCCUUAAUUGUUAAGGACACCAUUUCUCAAGUGUUCAAACUUAUUGUGAAGCUCAAGAAGCAUGAUUUUGUUUCAUUGAAAGAUUGUCAGCGUACUCUUAGAACCACCUUUUUGAGGGCAUUGGAGGAUGCAAUCGAAAAUCAUUUGGUUUUGCUUUCAAAAAUUAGUGGCAUUAAAUAUUUCAAAUCCAGUAGCCAGCAAUCUGUGGCAUUAAACGGACCAGAUGCUGAUGCUUCUUGCUCCGAAUCCCAAGUUGAUACAGCUGCUGAUGAUAGUGAGGAGGAGGAGGAUAGAGCUGACGAUCUUGGUUCUGAUGCUCAAAAACAAAAAGACCAGACUACCGAUGAAGUGGAUUAUGAUGAUGAAGAAUCUGAUCAUGAGACUGCUGAAGAGGACUCACCGUCUUCUAAAACGGGCAAAGAUGAAGCGGAAGAUGCUGCCAUUAGGAUGGAAGAAGAGGCUGUUGAGUUUGAUGGUGAAGGGGAAGAUACAGAAUCAUCAAAGACUAAAUCGAGACAAAAAAAGACCAAGUCAACAUCUAAGCAAAAUGCGGAAAAGGAAAAAUAUCUUCAAAAGGAUUCGGAUAGGGCCAUCUAUAAGGCUGUGAAAGGAUUGUUUUUCGAGGUCCACUUCAAUUUUACCAAUGAACCUCAUAUCUUACUAGCACAGGUGGCGGAGAAGACGGCAAAGAAAGUUUACAUAAAGAGUUCCGGGAAUAUCCAUCAAUGCAAAAUGGUCAAUUAUGAAGUAGGUGAAAAUACAGUGCUUUGGGACGGGGAGAAAACAGAAAAGGCCAAGGGGCUUCAGAAGGACGACAGCAACGAUGCUCCACUUUAUUGGGCACUGAAAGCCGGCGGGAUAGAUUUUGGUGCUUUGUGGGAAUUGCAGGAUAAACUGGACGUACGCAGGAUAUAUAGCAACAACAUAUAUGCAAUGCUGAGAACCUAUGGGGUUGAAGCUGCCAGGGCAACCAUCAUCAGAGAGGUGAAGACUGUCUUUGGCAUUUAUGGUGUGGAGAUCGACUAUCGCCACAUGAGCCUGAUUGCCGAUUACAUGACCCACACCGGAGGGUACACAGCAUUGAGUAGACAUGGAAGGAUAGGCGAUUCCUUCUCGCCGUUUUUAAAGAUGUCCUUUGAAACGGCUUCAAAAUUCAUAGUCGAAGCAGCAUCUCAAGGGAUGAUUGACACUUUGGAGACCCCAUCUUCCCGGCUUUGUGUUGGCUUACCCGUAAAGAUGGGCACUGGAUCAUUCGACUUGAUGCAGAAGCUGGAAAUCGACGCUCAUUAAAGGAGCCAGUCUUGUGCAGUGUAUUAUACCAGUUUGUCUUAUUUUUAAUGUUAUAGAAGUGCUGUUUUGAUCAGUUACUCUGAGGUGAUAUUUCUUCAUUAAACACCAUUUUUUUUUUGCUUCGGAAUGUAUUAUUAUGUGCUAAAAAUCAUUUAAAAAAAUUCAGUCCUCAAAAGAUUAGGGUGGUCCUGCAAAUCACUCAAGUGGAUGGGUAAAAUGUCUCGUCCUCUUUUACAUUUGAAAUUAUUAUUCGAUUAUAAUUAAUCUCAUCCUUGUCC